AUGUCAAGGCUCUUUUUUAAAAAUAUUUUACUAUUUUUAUUUUUUCAAGCCAGAUAAAUGGGCAGAGAAUGCAUUCUUCACAGCAGCAGGGCGAGAGCCUCUCAUUCGCACGCUUCCACCCGCCCGGGAGCUGCUCGCUAUCACCGCGUCGCUGCGUUUUAUCGACAGACCACUUGCACCAGUGGCUGAGCAGUAGGUACAUGUGCGCUGAGCGACAGCUCUGAGAGCAGUUCAGGGCACGAGCCAAAGGAGCACACACACACCCACCAGCGGAGAGGGAGGGAGAGAGAGAGAGAGCGCAAGGCUGCAUUAUUCAACGGAUCCUCUUCUCGACUCCUCUGGGGUAUGUUAACACACAACAAACUUCUAGCCAGGCCUUGUACUCCCUUUUUUAGUUCCCUCAGCAGGCUGAAGUCGCGAGGUUCCCACACACAGACAAGCCAGUGACUGAGACCCUCCCCCCCCCGCGCCGCCCUCACCGCUCCCACCCCCAAUUUUCGCCUCUUGCCGAGCCAUCAUUACCAUGGAAACCCCGAGCCAGAAACGCAGCGGGCGCAGCGCCACCGCCUCCCCGACCCGCAUCACCAGGCUGCAGGAGAAGGAGGACCUGUGCAACCUCAACGACCGGCUGGCGGUCUACAUCGACAAGGUGCGCUCCCUGGAGUCGGAGAACGCCGGACUGCGGAUGCGCAUCACCGAGUGGGAGACCUCGACCACCCGCGACGUGUCCGGCGUGAAGGCGGCCUACGAGGCGGAGCUGGCCGACGCCCGCAAGACGCUGGACCAGGUGGCCAAGGAGCGGGCGCGCAUGCAGCUGGAGUUCAGCAAGCUGAAGGAGGAGCACAAGGACCUAAAAGCCAGGAACAGCAAGAAGGAGUCUGACCUGGAGGCGGCUCUGAUCAGGCUGAGGGACCUGGAGGCCCUGCUGAACUCUAAAGAUGCUUCCCUCUCCACCGCCAUGGCGGAGAAGCGGACCCUGGAGGCGGAGCUGAAGGAGCUCAAGGCGCAGCUGGCCAAGUUGGAAGGUAGCUUAGCCGAUGCCAAGAGGCAGCUGCAGGAUGAGAUGCUGAGGAGAGUGGACGCAGAGAACCGCCUGCAGACCGUGAAGGAGGAGCUGGAGUUCCAGAAGAACAUCUCCAACGAGGAGCUGCGCGAGUCCAGGCGCCGCUUCGAGUCUCACGUGGUGGAGCUUGACGGCGGGCAGCGGCUGGAAUUUGAGAGCAAGCUGGCCGCCGCUCUGGUGGAGAUGAGAGCCCAACAGGAGGAGCAGGUCCGCCUCUACAAGGAGGAGGUGGAGAAGACCUACAACUCUAAGCUGGAGAACGCUCGUCAUUCGGCGGACAGGAACAGCCACAUGGUGGGAGCCGCUCACGAAGAGCUGCAGCAGACCCGUGUGCGAGUGGAGGGCAUGUCGAGCCAGCUCAGCCUGUUGCAGAAACAGCUGGCGGCCAGCGAGUCCAAGGUGCGGGAGCUGGAGGAGGCUCUGUCGCGGGAGCGGGACAUGAUGCGGCGGCGGCUGGAGGAUAAAGAGCGGGAGAUGGCCGAUAUCCGAGCGCGGCUGCUGCUGCAGCUGGACGAGUACCAGGAGCUGCUGGACAUCAAACUGGCCCUGGACAUGGAGAUUAAUGCGUACAGGAAGCUGCUGGAGGGAGAGGAGGAGAGGCUGAGUCUGUCCCCCAGCCCUACAGCCAAGGUCACAGUGACCAGGACCUCCGGAUCGGGCCACCUCAGCCGCGUCGUCCACUCCUCCGGCUCGGCUCACAGCCACACCAGCCGCCUGCUCCAAAGCGCCGCCGCCGCCGCCGCCGGCGGCGCCGCGUCCAGCAGCCGCAACUCCUCCGGCACGGCCAGCGGCAAGAAGCGCCGCCUCAAUGACAACGACAGCGAGACCUCCAGCAUGGUGGGGGGCACGGUGACCAAGACUCGCAUCAGUCAGCAGGCCUCAGCCAGCGGCCGCAUCACGGUGGACGAGGUGGACCUGGACGGCAAGUUCAUCCGUCUCAGCAACAAGGCCGAUGAGGACCAAUCUCUGGCCAACUGGCAGGUGAAGAGACAAGUCGGUAGCACGACUCCCAUCAUCUACAAGUUUCCCCCUAAGUUCAUUCUGAAGGCCGGAGGCACGGUCACUAUCUGGGCGGCUUCCGGCGGUGGAACCCACAGCCCCCCCUCCAACCUGGUGUGGAAGAACCAGAGCUCCUGGGGCACCGGCGACCUCAUGCAGACCUUCCUCAUCAGCGCCAACGGAGAGGAAAUGGCCAUGAGAAAAGUGACGCGCACCCUGUUCCAUGACGACGACAACGACAUGGGAGCUCACAGCACGAGUGGCGGAGACAACGAGUACAACCUCCGGAGCCGCACGGUGGUCUGCGACUCGUGCGGGCAGACGGCGGACCGCUCGGGCGUCUGCAGCAGCGGGGGGGUCCCCGAGGGCCUCGUGGGACAUUCCUCCUUCAUGGGGACCAAUGAGCCCAGACAGGGCCGAAUCAAACCGGAGAACUGCUCCGUCAUGUAAAACCUGAACCUGCAGCCUGCGAAGGACAAGCAUCCUUUUCCCUUUUGGGUUGUUUGUCUUUAUUUUUUCACAUUUUUUUUACGUUCUCGUAUCGUCUUUUUCUGUGUUCUGAUUAUUUUGCAUUGCUUUGAGUUAUUUUGGGUAACGGGCACAGGACUUUCAUAUUUAGCUUUAUAUUCAGUUAUGUUAUUGCUUGUCCAGCUCUUCCUGCACACACACACACACACACACACACACACACACACACACACACCGCUCCACUGACGUGUGCUUCAAUCUGAGCCGAGGUUUUGUGUUUAAUGGACACAACGAGUCUCCUCAGCCGUAGAAACGGGAACAUUAAUCAUGUUUAACGCUCAUCAAACUCCUCAAAUCUAUAAUCAAGAUGCUGUCGACAUUAAUCUAAAUAUACUUUAUUUUAUUAAAUGCAUGUAAUUGUUUUGUUCUCAAACUACGUUGUGGAAGAAGCCAAAGUGAUUCAAGCUCAGGGUGUUCAGCAGAUACUUUUUUUUUUUCACCUUAAGCCUUAGACUAACAUUCUUAUGAGGAUAAACCUUUGAGCUGCUACGAUGCGCACAGAAAAAAAACAUUUUAGACGAACAUUAUUUUCUUUAUCAGAUUAUUUUGCUACGAACAUUUACUGAAAUAAGGAAUUGUUUACCGGGUAAGUUGAACGUUAUAAAGAUUAUAAAUGCCUAUCUCAGUUUAAGCUCUAAACAUGUUUCCUGUUAAUUAACUCCAAAGGUGUUGAGUCAUGAUUGGAAAGGUUGGUUUUAUGUUCUACAAACGAAAGAUGUCACAAUAAGCAGUAAGUUUCUAAUCUCUACUGGUGCCUUACUCUAGAAGUAUAUAUUUGUAGGAUUUGACUCUUUACUCAAACAGGAGAGAGCUGGUGUAGCUGUUGUUGUUUUGGAAACCUUCUAAGAAGCUCUUAUCUCCAGACACACGUCAAUGUGUCUUCAGGAGGACCGAAAACAACAAUCGCUGCACUUCUGCCGUUUGAUUUGUGUUGCUCCUAAAAACACAAAGUGUGUGUGUUUUUUUUUUUUUGUUUGUUUUUUGUGUGCGUCUUUUUUGGGGGAUCCGAAUGAGAUUGUGGGUUUUUAUACAUAAUUUUUGGUUUAAUGCGCUGCUUUAAUUGGGGUCCUAUGCACAGCAGGUAGAUUUGUACUGUAGGCAGCUUAAGUCCUUUAUACUCCAACGCCUUGCAAAACAUUUACAGGAGAUACGUGAGCGUUUUUGUAUUCUACUUUAUACAAUGGUAUUUGGGCCACAUUGGGUUAUUUAAUUUUUGCAUUAAAAGAUGUUUGACUUUGACUCUGAUCCCUUAAAGUCUGUUAAAGAAAUAACCUCCAAAGAUUUAUAAUUGAAAAAAUAUUUAGUAUUUAUCUCACGAGAGUAACUGAGACCUGGUUGCUGCAUGUAAUUGGGAAAUGUAAGCAAUGGUUAACGGAAUCAUCCGUAUUAAAGGCCAAAUUUGCUGUUUGCCUGAAGAAUUGUCUUUGAUGAUGCUGUUUGCAUGUAAAAGCCAUUGAGUUGAUCUAAUGAAUGGUUGUUACUUUUUCUAAAAUAAUGCUGAGUAAAAAAAGGUUUUCUUUCAA